AUCGCGAUCGACGGCGCCGCGCUCGAGGGCGGCGGGCAGAUCGUUCGCGUCGCCGCGGCGCUGUCCGCCGCGACGCGCGUCCCCGUCACCAUCCGCGAGAUCCGCGCGAACCGUCCGAGGCCCGGGCUCGCGGCGCAGCACCUCGCCGGGCUCGACCUCGUCCGAAGGAUGUGCGACGGGACGUUCGACGGCGACGUGCGGGUGGGGUCCACGACGGCGACGCUGCGCCCGGGGCGAGGAGGCGCGAUCGUCUUCGAAGCGAGCGUCGGGACGGCCGGCGCGGUAACGCUCGUCGCGCAGGCUGCGAUCCCGUGCGCGACGUUCGUCUUCAGCGAAGCGCUCGACGCGGGAAAGCGCGUGCGCUUGAGGCUGCGCGGCGGCACGGACGUCCCGUUCGCGCCGCCACUGGAUUACCUCUCGCGCGUCUUCGCGGAGACGUUGCUCCGCGCGUGCGGCGCGAUUGUCGCCGUGGACGUCAAGCGACGCGGGUUCUACCCGAGAGGCGGCGGCGAGGUGGACGUGACGAUCGAGAGGUGC